AAGAAGAAACUGUGUAAAGUAUUGACCGGAUUGGUGACAGUGAUGAGGAUGUACAAUGUGACAAUGAUAUGACGUUUUUCCGUGAAUAUCAUUCAGUUUUACUCAACCAUAUGACAUUUGUCUCUAGUCCGUGUUCUCAGUUGAACUGCGGAUGUGUGAAACACGUCAUUAAUUUAUGUGUAUCCGAUUCGCAAUAAGACUUCAAUAAUACAUCGACUUAGCUGGGAAAGUGCAGUUGCUUGUAUAAUAGACUUCCUCCUGUCUCUGAUUGCGACCUGAAGACGCCGACGCUGAAGACUUUCAUUGAUUGAAGGCUGCUAAAUGGAACGUAUAUGAAGUGUUUGUAGACCGAGUUCAGCCCAGAUAAGAUUGUGCCUGGCGGUUGUAUGGUGGCGUUAUUUCCGCCUCGUCACAUCUGUAACAAACGAAGUAUAACGGUUUGUCAAGUGAUCGGAGAAGUAGGGUUAUACACACAGAGAAUCUGUCUGGCUCGUGAUCUGCCGCUUUAUUGAGGAUCACGCCUCAUUGGACACGCUGGACUCGAACCAGUCUCGAAGGAUUAGCUGUUCAUAUAUUCUAUAAAUCUCCCUAGCUGGAUUUUGCUGAAUUAGCUGUUUAUAAGUAAGAUUAUCGAUCUGACGUAAUUAUAUUUUCAUCUGAUUGCCUGGGGAACAGUGGUAGUAUUAGCGAGGUAGGUAGGUAGGUGCAGCAUCGAUCGUGCAUUGUUUGGAACAGACUUGUCGAGGAGUGUGCAGGCGGUUGUGUUGGAUGAUAGUUCAUCUCCGAACUUCACUUCUGGACACGACUCUCACUUAAAUGCAUUGAUGUUGGAGACACACACCUCGCUCCUCAUCACUCGCUGUUUCGAUGUUUCGUGUUAAUCGAAUGUUAAGGCAGGGUUACAGUGUCAGUUCUCGGCGGUAAUAUCCAAGAUUGUUCUCCCAUGAAACAAACAAUACUCUCGAGAACGGAAUACUUUCUGAAUAUUUUGAUGUGAUAGUACAGAUACGUACAUGGUGUUUCGUCAAUGGCUGCAGGAGGAGAACACGCGGGACCCCAAGCACGGAUCCGGACUCUGUUUGUCAGCACAUUUACUAGAACAGCGCACCUGUUCAGAGUAUAACAUUGGUUAGCACCAUCCGGUGUUCCUGUAUGUGGUACUGUUCUACCAGAACAGCCAACCAUCGUUGAACCUUUUCUUUCAAGUAAUUUACGACUCUUGUGAAGAACCUCACCAACCUAUCACACGCCACAUUGGCGUCCCGACUCUGCAGCAUGGACGCCAUGGAAUACCUGGAUGCCCAUGACGACAUCGAGUACCUUGCUGCGUUAGCUAAAAUGGGGGACCUGAGCGACGACAUCGACGACGACAUCCGCCCCUCGGCCUGGAGCCCUUCCUUCAGUGAAUGUUCCGAUCAUACUUACGCUACGAUGGACUGGGGUCGGCCCCGAGUGGGCAGGGACCGGAACGUGUUUAAGGGGUGUGUGCUAGUGUCCACGCUUCUGGAACAUUACCCCAGGCGCUUCAGAACAAGGGCUGUGGCCGUCAAGUUCUCCAAACGCCUGUUCAAGGAGGGUCUCAUCAGAAGCAUCUUUGGCGCGAGGACGUUCGAGGAUUCUCCUCAGUUGUUCAUGUGGCAAGAUGAUGAGGUCAUCAAGCGGCAACAUGCUUCUAUAAUGACGUCAUCCUAUCCGGCCAAUCAGACGCCAGGAUACAGUGUUGUUCAAAAAGAACCUCGGGACAGGUUGGACUUUAAACUUAUCGAAGACGUUAAAUAUAAAGUGCUACAUCGGGUUGAUGAUUAUAAUAUCGUGACGUCUUUCAAUAACUUUAUACGGGAGCUUGAACGAGACUUCCCGGAAGCUAGUCACGGAAAGAAACACGAGAUUCAGCGAUAUCCUCCCAAUACCUGGGAUACAGGGGUAAAACGAGAGAGCACGUGUUCUACAGAUAGUUCAGUAGAUACCCAGACAUACUUCAAACUGCGAGAUAGGAACGCCUACAAGUACAUUCACCCAAUGGCGUCGACAAGGGAGCACUCCGCAAUUCCGGAAGAACGGAUUCCGGAGAAAACAGAAAUGGCGGCAAUAGACUAUGAAAUGACGCCGGGAAUCCCCGGCACUAUAAAUAGCCACACAUCUUCGGGUGGCACUGUGGAGAGUGGCGAGUCUCAGAGACGCUGGGUUGAGCCCAGCUACUCGUACUCGGACAAUGAGAAGCAGCUGAUCGAGGAAAUGAAGAGGAUGAAGAAGGAACAUCAGCACAUCCUACGGACGUACGAGGAGAGGAUCAACAAGCUGAUGGCAAAGAUGCACGAGUUGAGGUCGAUUGCAGAGAUGCUGGAGAACUCUAGCACCAAGUCAUCACCCUAUGGGAUCCUCCCUGCCAAGGCCAGCCUACUCAACAUCAUCGGAACGAAGUUGGAGGAGGAGAGGAAACAGGCCGUGGCGUUGCUGCAAGAUGGGGAGAUCCCCCCUUCCCUACCCCCAAGGCCCAGUCGGGGUAACAAAGUGUAUCCGAACAAACCCAUCAUCCAUCCUCAAGUUAAGAUGAAGCCACUUCACUGGCAUCGCAUCAUACUGACAGAUGUUGGAUCCGAGUCAGGCACGGUGUGGCACAGCAUGCUGGAACCCAAACUGGAUACAGAGGACAUAGAGAGAUUAUUUUCCAAGACCGGAGAUCCGUCAUCAUCUGAUGACGUCACACUAUACGAUGACAUCUACUUCCGGAGAGGUCGCCCAAAGCAGCAGCCUGUGGGUAUAUUCGAUAGUGAUAAAUCCCAGCGCGUGACGUUAGAGAUGAAGAAACUACGUCACACUCUCAAUGACGUCAUACAGGCGAUGUCAUCCCUGGACAUGUCGUCGCUUCACAAAGACGGGAUGGCCGAUCUGCUGGAGUUAAUUCACACGCCUCGCGAGCUGGACAAGAUCCUCCACCACAUCAAGCGCAAAGGAGCGAGUAACCUUGACUGCCCGGAGUACCUGGUGUUUGAGCUGUCGAAGGUGGACCACUUCCGUGAGCGGAUCGACUUCCUGAGAUUCAAACACAGACUGCAGGUCAACUUAUUCGAGAUUGAUCAGCAGCUGCGAGAGCUGAACACUGCAUGUGAUGAGAUUACAAGCAGCGUUGCCCUGAAGAACCUCCUGGAGACGCUGCUGGCUGUCGGCAACUACCUGAACGGCGGCAGUUUGGAGCGAGGCCAGGCGGAUGGUUUCACACUGGAUAUCCUGACCAAGCUGAAGGACUCCACCGACAGGACGCGGCGCGGCAAUCUGCUGGAGUUCGUCAUGAAGACGUAUGUGCAACACUACGAGAACGACCUUGACCUUGGAUGCCCGACCCGGUUUAGGUUACCAGAACCUUCCAACAUGAGGCACGCUGCACAGGUGUCGUUUGAUGAGAUGCACCGGGUACUGGGCGAUCUGCGUGGGGAGGUGAACGCCAUCAGAGAGAGGAUCGAGUCGCUGUCGAAGAGAGAGAGCAGCAACCUGACCCAGACACUGAGAGUCAACAGCGACAACUUCGCCACAUGUGCCCUGGAGGUGGUGUUCGAGCAGGAGCGUGUGCUGGAGGACAGCAGGAAUAGAUUCCUGAAGACAACCGCCUACUUCCUCCAUGACAACAGAAAGUGCACACCGCACGAGUUCUUCCAAAUCUGGGCAACUUUCCUCCACGACUGCAAGUACUACUGGAAGCUGGCCCAUCGAAACCUGGCCAGGAACAAGUUCGAACUGGAGUUCAGGUCCAAGAGUCAGUUGUCGUCGUCCUCAGGCCAGGGAUUCAGCAGCGUCAAGUCCAAGAUGCUGAAGCAUCUCUCCGUGUUGAACGAUGAUAAAGACAUGAAGACUAACCGGGCGCAGCAGCUGAAGCACAUUAACAACUGGAUUGAGUCUGUGGGGAAGUACACCCAGGAGAUGAAGCCUGACCGACCUCCUCCGCCACGCGAGGGUGAGGACAACAGGGAGGUGGCGAAAUACACGUCCCAGCAGCAGAGGAGUCACUCCCCCUUCCCCAAGCCCAUGACUUCAACGCCCCCUAACGUGCACAAACCCCUGGCCAUCAACAAGACAAGUCCUGAAACUGUGGAGCAGGUUGUGAAGCCUGUUCCUGCAGAACGAAGUGCUAACUAUGAGAAUCAGCCCCGCUAUGUUGCCAAUUAUGAGAACCAGGAACAGGCUUAUGAAUCUCUGAACAAGGCAAGGAUGAACAAUGUGAGAAGUGUUCCAAGUGCCACCUUAACUCCAGGAACACAAGCCCAGGAGCAUAAGAAAAAUGGGCCGUUUUCUCUUAAAUCGUGGUUGAAAAGAGACCAACGCAGUGAUGACGAACAGGUGCAAAGUGCGGCUCAGAGCACGACUCAAGGCCAACAGCCUAAAUCUACAACUUCCGGAAAUCCUUUUGGGAAGUUACGUAAUACCGUGGUGCAGAAAUUUUCAAACAGUAAUAGUGCUAAGAAAACCACCGAGAACGAGGGCGGGAGGAGGGAGCGGGACGUAUCACGUGACAGAUGGGUCCAGUCGGAUCAGGAAUCCACGGAGAGGAAGCACAGGGAUGGGAGGAGAGCGCGGAGGGAUGAGGAGAAGAGGAGGCAUGAGAUGGAGAAGAGGGAAAAGGAACCCAGAGGUCAUGGUGGUCACUCCCAGGCACCGCCCGAUCCAAUACAAGCGUUUCAGGACAAGCUAAACAGGGACUAUCAGAAUUUCAAUUACGAGUCCCCAGUGUCAAGGACGUCCACGCACUCUGGACAUCAGUCCGUGCAAUCGACUCUCAGUAGUAUUCGCAGCAGGGACCAGUCUCCUUCCAAGUAUGAGGUCGCCCGUGCAGCCCGAGACAGACAUGGGUCAGGGCAGAGACACGUGCAGCCCGUGUCCGCCUUCUCUGACCAUCCCGGUGCUAGUGACGAGAACAAUAACAAGAACACUGCCAAGGUGUCCCCCCAGAGCGGCUCCUCCUACAGAACCAGGGACAGAGCACCCAUCGCUCUGGGGAGCAACAUCAGUAUUUCCGACGCGUAUACUCGAGCGCACGACGAUCAGACCCCUGUGGGUGCUGGGGACGCCACUGAUGCGCCUGUGGGACAUCUGAGCAACGUUGAUUCCAAGUGGGUGAAAGCUACAGCUGUGCCUGUAUACAAGGCCAAGCUGAUUCCUAACUAUGAGAAUCAGACGAAACUUGACCCACGGUUUGACGGCCCUGGGGUGAGAGGUCAAGCUGAACCGGUUGUGACGUCGCACCAUCAUCAGGAGUCGACUACAUCUGACGACUACCGCCACAUCCUGCAGAAGAAGAGUGAGCUGUAUGUGUCGCCGGGGUACGGCACCACCCAGAACAUGCAGAAACAAAUGACCCCAGACCCUCCCCGACCCAGCCGAUCUCACAAGGACUCAAGGAGGAGUGUCAGUGCUGGUAACCUCCCGGAGAGGCAGCUUCAUGACCACGCCCACCAGCAAGCCGACCCACAUCAUCCUACGCAUCCGGCAUCAGACAAACGUCCUGACCCCCGUGACCAAAGAGGUCCCGCUCACGCACCGUCCAUCACAUCACUCAUCGAAAGGUUUGAGAAAAAACCUGGAGACGAGGGAGGACUGUCUCGACAGUUGCAUGACAACGCCUGGCAGACCCCUGGGGGUCGGGCCUCGGAGCUUCAGGGUAAACCGGUGUCCAUGUCUACUCCUGUCUCCCGGAGGAAGAAUCUAGGUCUGUAUGAGGACCCUCAGGCACCACCCCCAAGUCGUCCUGACCGGGGCAGUAGGUACACUGACCAUCCAUCUCCGGCCCAGGCUUCGGUCGCCCCCUACCACAGCCACAACAACACCCACUACCACUCAACUCCUGUGUCUCAAUACUCCACGUACCACACCCCGGCCUCUGAGCCCCCUCCCAAACCUGCCCACACACCACACCACGCGCAGGGUGAACGCAACGAGGCUUACACUGACCAGCUCAGGAAGGCCGCCAAAACCAGUUCUGUGUUCGACCGCUACGGCAAACCAAAUUCGCCUGGCUAUGGCAGACACAACUCCCCGGGCGCAAUGGCUGUUGUGAAGCCUACCAUGCUGCAUCAAGGUGCUGUCACUUUCAUGGAAAUAUAAUUCCAUGGAUAAUAUAUAAUCAUUGCGACAUCUUCAUUUGUACUGAUAUUUAAGUGAUAACGGACACUUAUUGGGCAUCCGUGCAUAUGAAAGACCUCAGUGCUGCGAUUAAUGUGUAAGCGUGUAACUUUGUUACAAACAGUACAUUACUUAAUAUUCUGGGGAAGGAUUAAGAUCAUCAUGAGUGUAUGUGUGACCUGGCAAUAAGGUUAAGGUCAAAGCCAUCUGUGACCUGACAGCAAAUGAAGGUCAACGAUCUGCGGAAGUGUGCAUGUGACCUAACAGUAAGGUGAAGGUCAAAGAUCACAAAAAACUGAAAUUUAACCUGACAGUAAAGGGUCAAAGACAAUCAUCUGUGUAAAAUACCAUCUGUGUAUGUCAGAAGCCAUCAGACUUAUAGUAAGGUGGCCGCGAGAGAGAGCAGCAUCCUGAAUCAGUUAUCAGACGUGAAUGUGUCAGUGAGAUAGACGUGAAGAAUGGCCGAACCCUACUGUGAUCGUUAUAUAUAUGAACAAUAUAAUCGAACAAACAACAACCUGCUUCAAAAUGUUAUUGUUGCCUUGGAAAUAUGUGUAUUUCUGUGAUUAGACUUCCGUGACCAACUGACAUAAUUCUGACUGGUUUGAAAACGACUGUCUUACAAUUCUAACGUCGCCUUGAUCGACCUUUGACCUUGACCUGGAACCACUUCCGGCCUACAUUCUCUAGUAAGGUGACGUAAUAAACCCGGCCCAGAAAAAUAAAACGGCCGUUUUCAUUCUGUAUAUCUUCCACACAAAGUACUUAAAACUGUGUUUGCAUUAUGUUUAAUUUAUGACUUUUAAUUUAUGUUAUUAUUGCAAAUCCGUGGAUCGGCCCAACUGCGAUUCAGGUGUCGAAACUUUUUAUGGUAUUACUGUUGAUGUAUUUCUUUCAUCGUUGUUGAUAAUUUCAAGGGUACCUUGUUAAGUAUGUGAAGACAUACCAUGUUAUUGUCUCAUUGUUCGUCCUGCUUUCCAUGUCCCGCAUUUGAUGUGUCGUCAUGGCAACUGAACUGAUGUCACUGCAACAGUUUAGUGCCGUCAUUUUUAGGAUUUGACGAAGAGGGACAAUCACAAUUUUUGAAAAAUGUCUUUUUAAAGAAUGAUUCCAUCAUCAUCUAAUAACUUAUCUUAACGGUUUAUUUUCUUUCAGUUUUAUGGUUAUUUGUUUACUUUCGCGUGGUAUACUUACCAUGGAUUUCGUACAUGACGCUGGAAGAAUUUAAUGGAGAACUCACUGUUAAGAUGUAAAUGUGUAAUUACGUGGUUGAUUAUCCGUAAAUAAUUAAUGCAUCUCAAUAGCUAGUUAUCACAUCUCACUGGCUGGUUGUCACAUCUCACUGGCUGGUUGUCACAUCUCACUGGCUGGUUGUCUCUGAGAAACAAUCCAAUCCGUCAUCAAGUUCACUUGACACCAGGUUUUGUUUUUGGUGAUUCGUAGAAGUAUCGCAAUAUGAAUGUGCAUGCAUGUGCGUGUAUGUGCAUGUGUUUGUAUGUGCACUAUCCGGUUGUUGUGCUACAACGCCAGAGAAUAACCAGUCUCGAUUAUCGUCGGUAACACUGCCCUGUUCCACGAAGCGGUCGUAACGCUAUGGUGAUCGUAAUUCCCUUAAUCCAACUUUGUCUUACGACUGACGUAGCGCUAAGGUGAUCGUAAUUCCAUCACUCCAACAUUGCCUUACGACUGACGUAGCGCUAAGGCGAUCGUAAUUCCCUUAAGCCAACAUUGCCUUACGACUGUCGGAACGCUAUGGUGAUCGUAAUUCCCUUAAUCCAACAUUGCCUUACGACUGUCGGAACGCUAUGGUGAUCGUAAUUCCCUUAAUCCAACAUUGCCUUACGACUGUCAUAGCGCUAAGGUGAUCGUAAUUCCACCACUCCAACAUUGACUUACGACUGUCGUAGCGCUAAGGUGAUCGUAAUUCCCUUAAUCCAACAUUGUCUUACGACUGUCGUAGCGCUAAGGUGAUCGUAAUUCCCUUAAUCCAACAUUAUCUCACGACUGCCGUAGCGCUGCGAUCGCAUUGUGAAACGGGGCCCAGUUUCCACUGGGUAUAAAAAGCAGUCCUAAACAGUUAUUCUGUAAUAACGGCACAUCGCUACUGGAUCUUUUUGGUUCAACCAGAUGAGGUCAUCUCUCUGUUGGUACGCCAUUGUUUGCAUUGAAAGACGAUUAAAUAUAACGUAAUAUAUUCUCUGCCUAUCUUAUUAAUUGUGAGAAUAGUCAAACAUAUAGAAAAUUGUGUUAACCCAUCAGCCAGAGAUUGGUAUACUGGUAGCUAUAGCAACCGGUAAAAGCUAUUUUAAGUUAUUACGAAUCAGGGUUCAUAUCUUAUUAUUACAGUUCAGUGUUUUGCUAAAAUGAUUUCUCUGAAUUAUAUCCUUGUCUCUGUGACAUUUAACUCUCUCUGCGUUCGGCUCUGUGUUUGACGUCGGUGGUGAAUGUUUGAUGUAAUGUGAUGUCCGAAAGGAGUGUUGUUAGAAAGAUGAGAUCCGACAGGGGUAGUGUUUGAGAGAUGUAGCGCUUUAUGAUUGCUUGUGGUUGUGUCGACUAGAUGUUGUAAAGAAUCAAAAUAUUUCAAAAGUAAUAUUUGGUCAUUUUACAUGACAUAUUUACAAAUAAAUGGUUUACAAAGAAA